AUGUCUCUCCCAAAGUACUUCCCACUUAAAGUAGCAGAUAGAAAGUCGAUACCAAUUCCAUCUGUUGGAUUUGGUACUUUUGGUGCUCCGACAUCAGAUGGGAAAGGAUGGUGCAAAGAUGCAACACUUGAAGCUCUCAAUGCCGGAUACCGCCACCUUGACUGUGCCUGGGCUUACGGCGUCAACUCAGAGAUCGGAGAGGCCAUCCGAGAGUCUGGCAUUCCCCGGUCUGAGAUCUUCGUGACGACAAAGUUCUGGAUGCAAUUCGCGGCUCCUGAGAACGUCGAGUUGUGUCUCGAUCUUUGUUUGAAAGAGAUGGGGCUAGAUUACGUGGACUUGUAUUUGGCACAUUUUCCGUAUGCUCAAACGCCCACUUCUAGAGCUGGGUUAGAGAAGGCAACUGCUGAUCUUGCCGGCUCACCUGAAGAUUGGGGGAAGCUGGUGUAUCCAGAGAGUGGAAAGCCAGUCGUUGAUUGGCAACAUACCUCUGCACAUAUCGCUAAGCUUUCAGGGAAGGAGGGUAGUUUCGUCCCGACAUGGAAAGCAAUGGAGAAGCUCGUACUGAACGGCAAAACUCGUGCCAUCGGCGUCUCCAACUUCUCAAUCUCAGACUUACGAGACAUCAUCCCGCAUGCCGAAAUCCCAAUUUCUUGCAAUCAAGUCGAAGUUCAUCCUUGGCUUCCCAACACCGAGCUUAUCAACUUCUCAAAAGAACACGGAAUAUUGACGACAUGUUUCUCGCCUUUCGCAGGUCAAAAGGCGGAUGGCUCCACGCUUCUGAAAGAUCCAGCUGUCUUGAAACUAGCUACCAGGAAUGAGAUGGACGUGGGACAGCUAUUGCAAAGUUGGGCUGUACAGAGAGGAACUGUGCCAUUGGGAAAGAGUAGCACUCCUUGUAUGAAUUUCCCCAAUUCCUGCCAGUCUAUUUGGUAG